AUGGAUUCUCGACUCACAAAUCUUUAUGUCGCUGCCAUUUAUAAAGUCAUUUUGUGCAUUUUUGGAAUAGUUGGAAAUUUGAUGUUUAUUCAUUUGAUCUACAGAAGGAAACAAUUACAGUCAAGGACUUCCAUUUUCCAAUGCAUCCAAUGCUUUUUCCACAUUUUCUGCUCGAUUGGUACUGUACAAUACGGCGUAAUUGACAUCGGAGACACUCAUAUCAGAAGUGAAUGUUUCAAUCAAAUCUCAUAUUAUGUGUUUUUUCAAGCAGCUCAAGGAUUGCUCAUGCUUGUUAUAGUGAUGGAUAUUUGGUUUUUUGUCAAGUUUCCGAUUGUGUACCGAAACAUCUCCAAAACAAAAUCGAUCAUCUUCUCCGGAAUUACAAUUUUGACCUUUUCAAUUUUCACUACUCUCUAUGGAUUUUUUACAACAAACGAUGAUACAAUAUACUCCUGUUCUCCUCCAUUUGCAUUCGGACCCAAAGCUGGUGUCCUCUACAAGUACCUAUUUAUAGGUCUGGCGUGCUCUUUCUCUGCUUAUCCUAUAGCAACACAUUCUACGUCACCUUGCUCAAAAGCAAAGAGUAUAGAGAUCAAUUUUGUAGUUUGUGGUGUCUACGAAAAUCCACGUCUUCUUGGUGAAUGUUCUAAUUUGAAUAAUAGACAACUUUAUAGUACUGGGAAAGUAGUCUAUAAGUUUAAAUUUGUCUGA